AUGGGUUUGAAUGUGAAGGACAUUCAAAUUCGUUUGUUCAAAGUGGUUCAAGAUUCAGCCAAGUCUAGUUACUCAUUUAUGCGAAGGCAUCCACUGGUUUCAGGUGCUUCAUUAGUAUGCUCCAUCCUAUAUGCAUUCCUUUCUUAUAUUUACAGCUUCUUGGUUUGCAUGUCCCCUUUCCUUGUUUGUGCUGUUAUUUUCAUUAAAAUCUUUUGGAGUUCUGAGCAAACUCAACUCAAAUAUGUCAAAACAAAGGAGGAAAAAGGAGGGCAGAAAAAGGUUGAACCAAAAUGUCCAAAGAUACCAAAUAAUAGGAGACCUGAGAUGCUUUGUAAGUAUCCAUCACAGAAUGCCACAAGUAAAAGGAGAAACUUUAGUGACAAGAAUUGGGAUGUAUAUGGUGGUUUAGAGGAUAAGGCCAAGGAUUUGUCAGCAGUUUUUCAUAAUGAGUUCACCAAAAGAAACAUAGAGAACAAAGGGGCCAGAUCUUUUGAGAAGGGAGAGAGUUCUCUGGAUAAUAGGUUGUCAGCAAAAAAAACUCAGGUUCCUAAGAGGCAAAUCUUGAGAUCUGAACCUUCAAUGGUUGACUUGGUGGAAUGUGGUGAUUUAGAGAUAGAGAAAAAGAUAGAGGAUGGAGAUGAUGAGGAUGGGGAAGAAACACAGGAGGAAAGUAACAAGGCUAUCGAAUGGACAGAAGAUGAUCAGAAAAAUCAUAUGUAUCUUAGGAAUUCAGAAAUGGAAAGAAACAGAAGGAUGGAGAGUCUCAUAGCCAGAAGAAGAGCAAAAAAACUAUUCAAGGGGCAGAUUGAGAAGGGUCAAAUUGAUAAAAAGUCAAUGGCACCAGUGCUUACCAAAAGAAGAAAUCACUUAGAUUCUUCAAAGGAUUUUGAUGAUGGCUUAGACAUGCCUGGUUCUGCCCCAUCUUUUAUGCCAAGAAGUCCUUAUGAUAUUCCCUAUGAUCCUUCUGAGGAGAAGCCUAACCUCACAGGAGAUAGUUUCCCUAAAGAAUUUUCUAGUCAGAAGGAUAUGCCAUUUAGCAGGCAUGGAAGCUUCAGUUCAACCCAUCUUUUCCCAUCAGAAACCAAACAUGACCAUGGAGCUAGAGAGCACUAUUACUUUAAUAAAGGAAGCAAAUAUUCUGACAGACUUGCAUACUCAAGAUUCAGAAGGCAUCAUACAGAUAAGGGAACUCAUGACUGGCUAAUUGACCAGUUGAUAUACAAUGAAGGUGGUGAAAAUGGAUUGCAAAUACCUAAUACACUAACAAAUGGAGAAGAAUCAACACAUGAGGAGGAUAGAAAAUGUAAAACUGAUGGGGAAAACAUGAAAGAUGAGAAUGAUCAUGAAACAAAAUCCAUGUCAGGUCAAAUAAGUGAGCCAGGAUCAGAUAGAUCACGGCCAUGGCCAACGUUUCCUAAGCCUCACAGGAGGCUCCUUACUUUUCCGGUAUCUACUACUGCUACUACUCAUACUACUAACAUAAAUGAAGCUUUGUAUGAAACUGUCACAUCUAUAGUUGAUAAGAGGCAAGAAAGUAUAUUUUUAACCCAUGGGAGAAUUUGUCACACCCCAACAUAUUCUGUAGCUUCUGACUUACAAGUGGAGGUUUCUGAAGUUGGUUCGCCAACAUCAACAGUUGGUGAGAAUGCUGAGACUAACUCAUCCAUUGAUAGAGACUCUAUACUGUAUGAUGGGGACAUUGAUAGAGAUGUUAGUUCUGGUAGUGAAGAGUUGUGGGGAGCCUCAUUCCAUGGAGGAAAAGAAGCACAAGGAGUUAGAAGUGAGGCGGAUGAUAAUGCCGAAGUUAACAACAAUUCAAAAGAUGUUGUCUCGUCAACUACUCCGCGACAUAUAGAUGAAAAUGAAGCUGAUGUGAGCUCAAUGUCCUCAAAAUCUGAUGUGCCUGAAGAUACUCCAACUCAUGCAAGUCAUCAUAACUUCUUUGGUUAUAUGAAACAUCCCGUGAGGGAAACUGAAGCACCACAAUCUUCCAAUUCUUCUCAUGCUUUGGAUCAAUUACCCAAUGAAACACACUCAGAAAGACCAGAGGCGAGUCACUUUGGUACUAUUAUGUAA